UUUUUGGUUGGCCUGUAAAUCAACUCAAAGCCCUUCAACACCUCGCUGCUGCACCAUACUGUGCUAUGGCUUUUGCAGGGAGCAUCCAAGAUCGCUUGCGUGGCCGGGACGAGGUGAAGAGAUAUAGAGGAUAUCCAGUCAAUGUCUCCGGCCACGUGGAGAAGCUGCAAGACUAUUCCCAUUCCUGCCAUCAUUUGGGAGAGAUCAAGGAGCAGCAAAGGCGCAUCGAGGCCUUGGAAGAGAAGCUCCGACGCUCGGACGAGGCCAAGCUCCAGAUGAAGACGGAGAUUGAUCUUCUCAAGGACCAGCUGCAGGAGAAGGAGUUCGUGCAGAAGCGCAAUGAAACGAUUAUCGAGUCCCAAAAGCUUGCCAUCGCACAGCUUCAAUUGGCACUGGGGAAUUCCCAACGAGCCGUCGAGAGCAUUUUCAAUGAGAGCAAUGGCCGAGAAAUCCAGCGUGAGCUUGAAAACACUGAUGCCCAGCUCCGCGACGCCCUCCGCCCCAAGCCCGCGCCCGCGCCGCUCACCACACCGCUGCGCCCCGGUCCGGGGGCGACGCUGCGGCCGUCGACCACCUCGCCCUGGGGUGCUUGGGCCGGGCGCGCGAGUGCGACGGACGCCGAGGACGCCACAGCGUCCGAGGUAUCGGAAGACGCGGCGCCCACAGCGAAGCUGUACACGCCGGGGACAGCGACCACGAGGGAGAGUCGCUCGCCUAGCCCUGGAGCUGCCUAUUUUUGAGGCCAAAAGGGUGGAAUCAAGAGGUGUUCAAAGUGGCUUUAUUGCCGAAAGGAUCCUUGACUUGCUCCUGGAUCGCCUUCAUGAUGACUUUGAAGCUUUUGAAGUAGGUUAGCAACAGUGCCAUGGCAUGCCAUGGCGAACGGCUCAAUUUGG